CUACAAACGUGGCGGUCUAGCUAACGCAGGUCGACUACCUUCCCUGUCCCAUCCACUCCCAUCAUUACUGCCCUGACAAUUUUGGCCGUGGCUAUAUUCUUCGUGACUGCCCCGGAGCUCAGGUACUCUUCCAUACUGCCUCAUCUCCCUUGCUCUCUUCUCUCCAUCCGGCUUCCACAGCAGAAUAUCGAGUCAGUUCAUCUCGAGACCGACAUCAUGAUUCCUCAAUCGCUUCUCGCCGUCCUCUCUCUGCCCCUCCUCGCCUCUGCUCACUUCCAUAUGCUCUACCCUACUCCUCGCAGCGAUGUCGACGAUACAGAGGCUACAUUUCCUUGCGGUGGUUUCGCAGUCUCUACAAACCGUACCUUGGUCUCCAACUCCGCCUUUCCGGUGGCACUCGAGAUGGGACAUGACCGGACUGUUAUUCAAAUGCUUCUUGCAUUGGGCAGCAACCCUGGUGACAAUUUCAACAUUACUCUGGAACAAACCUUCCAGCAGCAAGGUGAAGGAGACUUCUGCUUGCCAACCGUCAAGCUGCCUAGCGGCUUGAACCUCACAGACGGCACAAACGGUACCUUACAAGUCGUCACUGAUGGUGAGGGCGGUGGUGGUCUCUAUAUCUGCGCCGAUCUCACUUUCACGUCCGCGCCAACCAUCCAGUCCCUCCCAAGCUCCUGCACGAACGGAACCGGCGUGACAGCCUCUCCUCUCUCCUCCAAUGUUAAUGCCAACGAGACCAACGCCGAUGGCUCACCUCAAAGCGGCUCUGGAUCUUCUGGCUCAUCUUCCGCAUCAGCGAGUGGAAGUCCCAGUGCCACAGCGAGUGGGGCAUCUAGUUCCGAGACUGGCAACCAUGCGGCUGUCUUUACUGCUGGAUGGGGUGUGCUAGGUGCUGCCGUGUUGGGUGCUAUCGCGUUGACGUAACGCAAUCAAGCAAGUAGCGAACGCAAUAUUCGACUAUUACGCAAGCAGCAUUGAAGAAUAUGUAGAAACAUCUCGAGAUCAAGCGAAGCCUCUACCACACUUCCAGCCCUUGCGGGCUUGAAGGUCCUGUACAAAAUUUCGCACCAUCAUGCCGAAACGGAACGAGUGACGAAGAAUUUCUCUUUUGAAUUUGUGGCUCAC